AUUGAUCUUGAACCAAUAGCAAUGCACGGUUUGUUUUGGGGAGGAGCUAUUGAUGUUGGAUAUUGGUGUGGAAAUGAUGCUGAUACCAAGUGUUCUGGUUUUGACAAAGGACUGCCGCUCCAGCAUCACGACCUCUCAGUGUGAUCCAACAGAAAGAUCUCCAGUAAUGACUGGCCAGCAGAAGCUUCUCUCCCUGUGGGUUUGGCUGCUGCUCAUGGCAGCUCUGUGCCCAGGCGUAGACAGUAAGCGUGGAGGCAUCUUCAAGGGUCGCGGAAAAGAUAAAGAUAAAGAUAAAGGUAAAGGUGACGGCGACGGCGACAAAGCGCCUCCCUCCAAGAGCCGAGGCCUCCCCAAGCAGGGCCUGAAGUGGGCGGGAGCAGCAGCAGCCGGGAUGCUGGGAGGCACGGGCACCGGGUACGGGCUAGGGUUGUUUGGUCGGCCGAAGCACAAAUCUCAUCACGGGCAUAAGACGUCCUCCUCUGAGCAAGAUCAACGGCAUUACCAUGACGAAGGCCAAAGAUCUCACAACCAGUCUCUGUGGAGAGCCAUUAAGGCGGCUGCCCCCGCUCCCACCACUAACAUGUUCCUCACACUUGGACAUGUGGUGUCUUUCCUUAUAGCAGCCUGGAUAAGAGACAUCUGAUGAUUCUUCACAUCAAAUCAAAUAAAAGCUCCUUUGAACAAAUUG